AUGCCGGUACAGCAGAUAUCUGUGGUUCCGGUCCGGGAGACGGCCAGCGGCAACAAGAGUGCCCCUCGCUCCAAAGACAAGAACGAGGUGGGGAAAGCCGCCGGGCGGUCAGGAAGUCGAUCCGGUAACAUCUCCAAGGCCAGCGGUUCUGCCAAGACGUCGGUCACACCGUCUCCUCAGGACAUCUGCAGGAUCUGCCACUGUGAAGGGGACGAGGAGUGCCCGCUGAUCACCCCGUGUCGGUGUACAGGGAGCCUACGAUUCGUCCACGAGGCCUGUCUCAACCAGUGGAUCAAGUCGUCCGACACCCGGUGUUGUGAGCUCUGCAAAUUCGACUUCAUAAUGGAGACACAGCUGAAACCUUUAAGCAAGUGGGAAAAGCUACAGAUGUCAAAGAGUGAGAGGAGGAAGAUCCUCUGCUCAGUGUUGUUUCACCUGAUAGCGAUAGGAUGUGUGAUGUGGUCGGUCUACGUUCUCAUCAAGAGGACUGCCGAGGAGAUCAGACUCGGUAGAAACGGAAUUUUGGAGUGGCCAUUCUGGACCAAGCUGAUAGUGGUGGCUAUAGGCUUCACGGGCGGCCUCAUCUUUAUGUACAUCCAGUGUAAAGUCUACCUGCAGCUUUGGCGCCGCCUCAAAGCCUUCAACCGCAUCAUCACCGUGCAGAACUGCCCCGAAAAAGGCCCGUCGUCUCUCUGCCCGGCCCCGGCCGCCACGUUGGCCAACGGAAAACACGAAAGUGUGGAAGUACCGAUUCGGUCGACCUCCGUCCCCGCUCCAGAGAUGGAGACGGAUUCUGACCUAUCGGUGGAGGCUGCUGUAGCGCCCCUGCAAAACCCCGUGUGAGAGCGCCGCAGCCCUAAACCGCGCCCUGUUCAACGCCGUCCUCGAAUAAUGCAAACCUUCUGGUCAGAAGCCGGUGGGAAUAGGGUGUCGAUUAUGACUCGAACCAAGUGUUUUGAUAGUGUUUGUAUAUUGUGUGUCCAUCUUCUCAUCUCCACAUGCGUUUACUUGAUCAUGUGAGACACGAGAUG